CGUGUAUUGCUUAUUUCUCUUUCAAGACUUGCUUCAAGAUCAAUAUGCCUCAUUUCUGGACAGCGAGGGAAAUUUGCGAUUUUUCUUCAACUGCAGAUUCAUUGGAGAUAUUGGUCCACAUACUCGAAGAGUCAUCAUUUUCACCUUUACUGCGAUGUGGAGCUCUUAAUCUUCUCCAGAAGAUGAUGCUCUCAUAUGCCUUACCUACUAUGUCGGACACAAACAUGCUUGAGAUCCCCAAGCUCUUUAUUGUUCUAAAAAAUUCAGUUCAAUCUUCAAUCUGGGAAGAAAGAGUCUCAGCCAUUGGCAUUCUGAUUGAUUUGGCACAGAAUAUCACUGGGAAGAAAGAUGCAACAUUUCUAGCAUCUAGAAUCAUGUUAUUUGUCAUUGAUCAGAUCAACUGGCUAGUUCGGCAAGUACAGGAUCUUCAUCAGCAAGAUGGACACAGCUUGCUUGGUCUUCUUCUUUAUCUUGUUGAAAAUUAUCCAGAUCUCGGGAGUGUUGAGCUGGACAAGAUUUGUUUAAUUUUAGAAUAUCUGCUUGAUUCUUGUGACCAGUUUGAAGGAAAUAACGGCAGAUUUUUCGCAUCAAAGGUUUUGCUUUGCUUGUCUAAAUUCAUCGUCUGUUGCCUCCAGAAAUUCGAUUAUUUUACAGUGGAAAUCCUUCACAAAAUCAAGAUAGUUCUCAAACGUAUACUUCACUGCUCCUUAUUCGACUGCCAUACUAAGGUUCUUUACUAUCUUUACUUGCAGUCAUAUACGACACACCAUUUCAUGUUAAACGAGAUGAACGAUCAUCUCGACAGUACUAUACGAGAUUACUUAGCUCAAAAUACAAUCUGUAAUUGGUCCACUUAUAAAGUUGGGAAGUACGCAGCCUGUCAAAGGCUUCGUAUUUAUAGCUAA